CCAUUUUCGAGCAUUUGCCCGCCUGUCAAUGCAGAGGAGAAAAGUCCCGAGAAAGAAUCAGUGGCUCUGGUUGAAGAGACGUCAGAAAGUCAAACUGUGCAUGGGAUCAAAACCUCUGCCUAUCCUCCUCCUCCUCCGCUACACAGUAAAUCUCUUGUUGCUCAGUCGAAUUCCACAACUACACUGGCCCACAAUCCAGUUGUUGUCACUCCAAGCAUCGAGGACGAUGGUGACGACCAGUGGAACGAUUGGACCUCAGAUACUGAGCAUGAAAACCCAUCAAACAAGUCGCUUCAGCCUCCAGUACUUUCAAGAGAGGAAGAAGAGUUGAGAGAAAGAGUAGCCCAAGUUGAGGCGUUGCUUGCUGAGUUGGAGCCAAAGAUUGCUUCACCUUCCACGUUUUCAUUAACACGGCCUGCUCUUAAUCUGAGCGAUCCCGCUUCGAAUCCUGAUUCAUUAACACCUACCAGUGCCAACCUACAGUACAAAUUUGAGAAUUAUUCAGGCGACUUGGGUUCUAAAAACAAGGAAAGUGGAGACGAAGAUGACGGUUGGAACGUGGAUGACUAA